AAAGUAGACAAAAUAGAAAAAGACGUAUCGAGUAGUAGUAGUGAGAAAGUCUUAGUUUACCCCAAAGAAGAGUAUCAUAAUUUCAACUAUAAAAACAACAUCCCGCGAGAGACUACCCAACAAAACCAAAUAAACAAGCCAUAUUAAAUCCCUAUUUUCUUCAAAAACUCUCUAAGCGAAGGAAAGAUUAACAAGAAUGGUUUCGGUCACUUCAUCAGAAGCAUCAAGGAGCCGAUCAAAGAAGGUGUGUGUGAUCGGAGCUGGACCAUCUGGCCUAGUCUCAGCGAGGGAGCUAAGAAAAGAAGGACACAAAGUGGUGGUGAUGGAGCAAAACGACGACGUAGGAGGUCAAUGGUUGUAUCAACCAAACGUAGAAGAAGAAAAUCCUUUAGGAAGAAGUAGUGUUCCUACUAAUGAUGCACUUAAGGUCCAUAGCAGCAUUUACUCUUCCUUGAGGCUAACCUCACCGAGAGAGAUAAUGGGUUAUUCAGAUUUUCCAUUUUUGGCGAAGAAAGGGAGAGAUAUGAGGAGGUUUCCAGGGCAUAAGGAGCUUUGGUUGUAUCUAAAGGACUUCACUGAAGCUUUUGGGAUAAGAGAGAUGAUUAGGUUCAAUGUUAGGGUUGAGUUUGUAGGAGAAGAAGAAAAAAGGGAAGAUGUGAGGAGAUGGAUUGUGAAGAGUAGAGAGAAAUCAAGUGGUAAGGUCAUUGAAGAGAUCUUUGAUGCUGUUGUUGUUGCUACUGGUCAUUACUCUCACCCUAGACUGCCCUCUAUAAGAGGAAUGGACUCUUGGAAAAGGAAGCAAGUUCAUAGCCAUGUUUACCGAGUGCCUGAUCCAUUUCGUAAUGAGGUUGUGGUGGUAGUUGGGAACUCAAUGAGUGGACAAGACAUAUCAAUGGAGCUUGUGGAAGUGGCAAAGGAAGUUCAUUUAAGUGCCAAGUCACUUGACAUAUCUUCUGGACUCUCCAAAGUCAUUUCCAAACACCAAAACCUUCUUCUUCACCCACAGAUUGAAUCUUUAGAAGAUGAUGGGAGAGUCAUUUUUGUGGAUGGAACUUGGGUCGUCGCUGAUACAAUUUUAUAUUGCACCGGGUACUCGUAUAAGUUUCCAUUUCUUGAGAGUAAAGGAAGAGUAGAAGUCGAUGAUGAUAGAGUGGGCCCACUCUUCGAACAUACUUUCCCUCCUUGUCUCUCCCCUUCUCUCUCCUUUGUCGGAAUCCCCAGAAAGUUAAUAGGAUUCCCAUUCUUUGAAGCACAAGCAAAGUGGAUAGCACAAGUGUUGUCUGGAAAGUCAUCUCUUCCUUCUCCCGACCAGAUGUUGCAAUCUGUCGCUGACUUUUACCGGUCUAGAGAUCUCGCCGGAGUCCCUAAACAUAACACUCACGACAUUGCUGAUUUUACGUAUUGCGACAAGUAUGCGGAUUAUGUUGGGUUUCCGCAUUUGGAAGAAUGGAGAAAGCAACUUUGUUUGUCUGCUCUCACCAACUCACAGGAGAAUCUUGAGACGUAUCGUGAUUCUUGGGAUGAUCAUGAACUCCUACAAGAAGCUCUGCAAAGCUCUCAUUUUACAAGUUUCGAUUGUUGAAACUCUUCUCUUGCUAUGUGUUUUCUUCCUUUUGUUAUGUUGGGAAGAAAGGAUCUCUCUUUCUUUCUCUUUAUCUACUAUGUUCUGUUUAUGCUUUUGGUUGAUAUUUAUAUGACUAUAUCUAUACACUCACAUAUGUUUCCUUUA